CCUCUCCCAAUUGGUAUUUUUUUUCAGAGCUCGGCCCCAACUUCUCGCCAUGACGCAGGGCACUGGCAUGAUGGAUCAGAAGUUGGUCACCGCCGCCCGGAGGGCGGUCGAAGCGGCGCGCGAGGCCAAUGAGGCGGCCAGCGCUGAUGGUUUGACUCCUACCUCCGUCAAGGAGAAUCUGGAGCGAGUCCUCCAGGAGUCGAAUGCCGUGCUGGAAGCCGCGGAGAGCACCUCGAGGCGGCGGCAGACCUUUGCAGAGUUUACCUCGUUGUUGGGCGAGGAGCUUCAAGAGGCGGCAGAGGAGUCGAUGAGUGAGGCCACCAAAGCUGCGGAAAGGACCUUAAGACAGGCGAAGAGUCUCAUCGAAGAUCACUUCCACAUUGAUGAGGCCUUCCGGAUGCUGGGCCCUCUGAGACAGGACUCCAACCGCGCCCGAGACAUGCACGACUGGUUUAAUUUGGUGGCUCUCUUGCCGGUGAUCUACUUGAAUUUACGAAAUUGGUGCUGUGUGACAUUCUCAGUGAGCUUGUUGCGGAAUACCAUCAUGGAGCAGUCGGUGGUGCAGAUGUGGCAUGGGGAGGUGUUUCAGGAGUUCUGGUGGACCACCUUGGCGUACUUCGUCUUGGACAUUAUAUGGGUCAUGGUGCUGCCAGACUGCGUGAAGUCGCCUGGGGUCAUUUUGAAACACCACCUGGCGACCGUAGGAUACAUUUUCAUUCCGAAGCUGCGGCCGGAACACGGAUGGCUCAUGGGCGCUUGCAUGAUCGUCGAGGUCAACACCUGGUUCCUGAUCGCUCGCCGAGCCUUGAACAAGCGGGGCGACCGCGCGUUCACCACAGGCGUCUCCUUCUGGAAGUCUGUUCGAACUCUGUGGAUCUCGACCUGCUUCUACCUCUCCUGGUUUGUCAUCCGUUUGGUGAUCUACCCCUACUUGCUCAUCGUGAUCACGAGAGAGUGGAUCAAAGAGUCCAACCGGGUGGGCACUCCCUUGAACCUCAUCGCGAUCACGCCAGUCAUGCAGUGUGUCUUCAUUUUCUUGAACGUGAAGUGGACCCUGGACCUGAUUCGCUCCAAACUCAAAGGCCGAGCGACCUCCAAAGGAUUAUGACGAGCCAGCACAGCAAAGCUUGCAAAGCGGAACAGCCAUGCAGCCCAAAAAGAGUCCUGCACCAGUGCGUGCAGCUGUUUUUGCACGCACGAGGUGAAGGACAUAGAAGAUCAGAGCCCAAAUGUAUGAGAAGACAAUGUACUACAUUACACUUGAC